AUGACCACAACAAUCAAGCCGGACCACUCCAGUAAGAAAAACCUCACUGAACCCCCAAAGAAUCCUCACAGAAAACCUCAAAGUAACCCCCCCCCACAGAACCUUUACAGAAACCUCCACCGAAUCCUCACAGAAACACCACAACCUCACAGAAUCCUCACAGAAAAAAAUCAAAGAACACUCACAGAAUCCCAACAGAACCCUCCCAAAAACCUCACAGAAACCCCACGGAACCCCAACACAACCCUUACAGAACCCCCAAAGAACCCUCCCAAAACCCCCACAGAACCCUUACAGAACCCCACAGAAAACCUCACAGAACUCCCAAAACCCCACAGAAAAUCUCACACUACCCUCACAGAGCCCUCACCCCUCCUAGCUUCGAGAAACUCAUCCUUUAUCAUCCUCCACCAUCCUACAGCCUACACUAACAUCCUCCAGCAUCCUCUAAACUCCUCCUUCACCCUUUACCAUCCCCCAACAUCCUAUAACAGCCUCCAGCAUCCUUUACCACCCCUAGCCUACUCUAACAUCCUCCAGCAUCCUUUACCAUCCUCCACAUCCACCAGCAUCUUCCAACAUCCUCCAGCAUCCUCUAACAUCCGCCAACAUUCUCUACAUCCUGCAGCGUCUUCCAACAUCCUCCAGCAUCCUCUAACCUCCUCUAGCAUCCUCCAACAUCCUCCCAGUCAUUACAGCAUCCUUUCAUCCUCCAGCAUCCUCAAACAUCCUACAGCAUCCUUUACAUCCUCUCAGCAUUCUAACAUCCUGCAGCAUCCAACAUCCUUAACAUCCUCAACAUCCUUUACAUCCUCCAAACAUCCUCAGCAUCCUUUACCAUCCUCCAGUAUCCUCAAACAUCCUACAGCAUCCUUUACACCAUUCUUCUGCAGCAUCCUCAAACAUCCUACAGCAUCCUUUACCAUCCUCCAGCAUCCUCAAACAUCCUACAGCAUCCUUUACCAUCCUCCAGUAUCCUCAAACAUCCUACAGCAUCCUUUACCAUCCUCCAGCAUCCUCAAACAUCCUCCAGCAUCCUUUACCAUCCUCCAGCAUCUUCUAACAUCCGCAAAUCCUUUAACCAUCCUCAGUAUCCUCAAACAUCCUGCAGCAUCCUUUACAUCCUCUAACAUCCUCAAACAUCCUACAGCAUCCUUUACCAUCCUCCAGCAUCUCAACAUCCAGCAUCCUUUACCAUCCUCCACAUCCUUUACAUCCUCCAGCAUCUCUAACAUCCUGCAGCAUCCUUCCUCCAGAUCCUCAAACAUCCUCAGCAUCCACCAACAUCCUCAAACAUCUACAGCCUUUACCAUCCUCGCAGCAUCCUCAGACAUCCUCCAGCAUCCUUUAACAUCCUCCCAGCAUCCUUCUAACAUCCUGCAGCAUCCUUUUACCAUCCUCCAGUAUCCUCAAACAUCCUGCAGCAUCCUUUACCAUCCUCUAACAUCCUCAAAACAUCCUACAGCAUCCUUACCAUCCUCCAGCAUCCUCAAACCUCCAGCAUCCUUUACCAUCCUCCAGCAAUCUCUAAGCAUCCUGCAGCAUCCUUUUCCAUCCUCUAACAUCCUCAUCUACAGCAUCCUUACCAUCCUCCAUCUCAACAUCCUACAGCAUCCUUCCAUCCUCCAGCAUCCUCAAACAUCCUCCAGCAUCCUUUACCAUCCUCAGCAAUCUCUAAGCAUCCUGCAGCAUCCUUUCCAUCCUCUAACAUCCUCCAUCCUACAGCAUCCUCAAACAUCCUACAGCAUCCUUUACCAUCCUCCAGCAUCCUCAAACAUCCUCCAGCAUCCUUUACCAUCCUCCACAUCCUUUACCAUCCUCCACCUCAAACAUCCUACAGCAUCCUUCACCAUCCUCAGCAUCCUCAAACAUCCUACGCAUCCUUUACAUCCUCCAGCAUCUCUAAGCAUCUGCAGCAUCCUUUUCCAUCCUCUAACAUCCUCAAAACAUCCUACAGCACCUCACAUCCCUCCAGCAUCCUCACAUCCUACUUUACCAUCCUCCAGCAUCUCCAACAUCCUCAGCAGAUACCCCAGCCGUCGCCAGCAAUCUCUGGCAUUAAUCCAGCCACUUUCGGACAAUCGAGGAAGUAAUACUGUAGGUGGUUGGCAUUGUGUGCGUCGCACAACUUGCACAAUGAGUACUGGGGCACGUCCCCUGACUCGCUCACCAGCCUCACAGGUGUAG